AUGCACAAGAAGUAUAGAAGUGAGGGGAGAAAAAAUAUAGGAGCGAUUUUACAAAGUUAUUAUAACAUAGAUGAAAAAAAUGAAAGUAAGGAAAAUGAACAGCGGCAGACAAAUGAACAGAGACAGGCAAACGAACAGAGGAAGGAAAACGAAUUAAUUAGAAAUAAUGAAGUAAAACAGAAUGGUACAAAGGAAGAGGAACCAUGUAGUGUAUUAAAGUCCAAAAGGAAUAGCAAUGAAAUGUACUCGAUGGAUGAAAAGAUCCAAGUAACCGAUUCAGACGAAUUGAACCAAAAAAGCAACGAAUUUAACGUAAACGAUUAUUUUAAAAAGCUGCUAAAAAAAUCUACUUUAAAUGAUUUAAUACAGAAAUCGAAAAAAAUCGAAAAGGAAAUAAAACAAAAUGAUAAUUUUAUGCAAUCAGUAGUUUAUGAAAAUUACAAUAAAUUUAUAGAUGCAGCAGAUGCAAUUGUAUUUUUAAAAAAAAAUUUUGUAAAUGUAAAAGAAAAAAUAAAAAAUAUAAAUGAUCAUUUGGGUUGUAUAGAUAACAAUUGUAAUUUAGUUAAUACCAAAAUUGACACAAAUUAUAAAAAAAUUAAAAAUCUGUUACAAAUAAAAGAGUUAAUAAACCAUGUUCAUACCAUUAUGAGUAUUCCAAGGAGGAUGUUUGAUUUAAUAACACGAGGUGAGUACAUACAAUCACUUGAAAUGUUCAUUCAAGCCGCUCCUUUUUUUUACGCGAAUAGAAAAGUGAGUGUCUUUUGGAAUUUAUUUUUAGACAGCGAUAAUUUGGCCAGAAUCGCUUGUUACUACUAUGAGGAGAAGCUUCAUGGGAGACAAAUCAAUGGGUGCAAUGGUUGCAGUGAUUGUAGUGGAUGCAUUGGUUGCAAUGAUUGCAAUGGAUGCAGUGUAUGGAGUAGACACCUGGAAUGGAAAAAACCGAACAUAAACGAUGGCAUCAAGUAUGGCUAUCCUACCUGUCCUGGAAGAAAUUCAUCAAAAGAAUUUUUUAACAUCCUAUGUUCCCAUGUCACUUCAAGUGAAGAAAUAACUUCCUCAUUAUAUUUAAUAUUAGCAUAUGGAAAAAACAAGAAGGAAUUAAGAAAUAUAUUUAUAAAGAAUAGACUUAUGGCACUAAAAUAUCUUCUAUGCAACAUAUUUAAUUUGGAAAACUACAUGCACGAUGAAAAAAAUGAAAAUAAAGAUGGCCAUAAUUCCAUUUUUACUUCAAAUCAAUUUAUCAAGGAUAAAAAAAAGAACCAUAAAAAUUACAGUACAACAGAUGAUAAACAAAACGAAAAGCAUAACGAAAUUCAUAACGAAAUAUUUAGUCGUGUGUUAGAAUUGGCCUAUACCCAUUUGCUGAAUUUUUUUUUCGCAACUGUAAGAAGUUAUGAAAAGUUAUUUAUACUUGAUGUUUAUUGUGAACAGAAGGAAAUCAGUUCAGAGAGAGAUGAAAUAGGAACUCUUCACAGUAUUCCACAUUUGAGGAAAUUGAUAAGAAAGAUGCAUGAGGUUGCCAUUGCAGAGAUAGAAGUGGUGAAUGACAUGAAGAUGAAGAGCACUGAAGCAAGGAAGUCUUCGCUUGAUGGAUCGUUCCAUACAUCAGCAGAGUUUGACCCAUGCAAUUCCCACCAUGUGUGUAGAGAUCAAAAUGUGAACUUGAUGAAGAAAUGUUUUUUAGACCAGGAAGAUGCAACACUAUCCUACUGCAACUGUGAACUUAGAAAGUGUAACUCGCACCAAAACUGCAUGAAUUGCGUGAACUGCUUAAACUGCUUGAAUAAGAUGUUAAGCAGAGAGAACGACGAGGAAGUUAUCAAAUUUGUGAUGCAUAUCUUCUUCAGUCUUUUGCAAGACCUUACAGUGGAUCUUAUAUACAUGUUAAAUCCUCCUAUAAAACUUGUCGUGCGUUGCAUGAAAAUACUGUUGGGAGAAAAGAACCAUUUAACAAAGGAGAUUCAGAAUGGAUCGAAUGUUCAUAAGGAAAAGAAUAUCUUGGAGGAAAUGAUAACUCCAAUUAUGAAUGAAUUUUUUAAGAAGACCUAUGUGGAAUUAAUAAAAUUUUACUUUUACAGUUUAUGUAUUCACAGCAAUUGCUGUCUUAUGAACUUUUUUGUCAUGUGCAAAGAGAAGGAAGUAAAUUACAUUUUGGAAUAUAAACCUGAACUUUGUCAUAAUAUUUUGCUACGUCUUUGUUUGCUCCUCAUCGAUUUGGAGGUCUUCUACCAACAGAUAUCCAUAGUUAGCACCGAUUUUUAUUUUAAGAAUUUGAUUAAUUUUGUUAUUAUUUAUUUUGUUUUUCUCACGAGGUUUGUCGAUUCCUUCAUGAGGUACUUUGUCUGUGUGUGGGAGAAGAGGACACAUUGGGACGAAAAUGACCACAUAAACAAUUCAAAUUGCACAAAAGAAGGUUACAGAAAUGACAAAGACGACACGCUGGACUGUGCAAAGGAAUCAGUGCUUGGAGAAAAUACUCCAUAUGGAGAAAAUUUUUCAUCAGAUAAAGAAAAAAUCUUCAAGUGUAGAAAUAUCUACCCUCACACAUACAGCUCUGAUAUAAUGAACUUGGAAGGAAAAAAAAAACGAAAAACUGAAUGGAAAUGUGUAUCCAAGUUUUUGUACAAAAAUAUUACAUUUAACAAUGAAAAUCUUGAAAAGGAUUUAUUAAAAACAAAGAAUUUAAUGAAAAUGGAUUUUAACCAAUUUAUUGAUAAAAUUAUAGAAAAUCAAAAAUUUGAAGCAACCAAAAAAGCGGAAACAUAUUUUCUACUUACACUAGUCACAAUACUGAACAAUAUGAAAAAAGAAGGGGUUUCAAAAAUAUGCACAAUUAUCCUUGAUAUGUAUAAACAAGCACAUGCAUUAAUCAAUGAGCGUAAACGAAUCUGUCUUUCUAACUCUUUUCUGGAUCUCAUGUAUAAAGAUGCGUAUCCAUUUUGCAAAUGGAACAAUCAGAACGAGGUAAAGAAAAAGGAACCUCAAAUGGAUUAUUGCUCCUAUGAGACAACAGAUGCAAAUGGGAUUCAAGCGAUCCCAUCUGAUUACAUGAAAUCAGUCGCACCCACAGGUUGCACAUUCGAGGGAGGAGAAGCUGUGCCACAUCUCAAUGUCUCCGUGAAUGAUAAAAUGUGCAUGUGGGGAAGUAGAAUAGGAGAAGAAGCGAAAGAUGAAGAAGUGAAAUAUGAAGAAGCGAAAGAUGAAGAAGUGAAAGAUGAAGAAGCGAAAGAUGAAGAAGUGAAAGAUGAAGAAGCGAAAGAAGAUGAAGUGAAAGAAGAUGAAGCGAAAGAAAAUGAAGUGAAAGAUGAAGAAGCGAAAGAAGAUGAAGUGAAAGAAGAUGAAGCGAAAGAAAAUGAAGUGAAAGAUGAAGAAGCGAAAGAAGAUGAAGUGAAAGAUGAAGAAGUGAAAGAAGAUGAAGUGAAAGAAGAUGAAGCGAAAGAAAAUGAAGUGAAAGAAGUGAAAGAAGGAACCUAUUGCCCAGUAUCGAUUAUCCAAGAAGGGGUAUGGACAAACGAAAUUCACAAUUCGGCUACCAAUUUGGGAAAUUCAAAAAGAGUGGUGAAUGCUGCCCUGUUUGAAGAUGAAAGAGACAAAGGGGAAACAAAAAAUAAGGGGUUCAAAAAUGUGAAAAAAAUAUAUGAACGUGAGAAGAUGGAUUGCGCUUCUCUAUGGGACUGUAAAAAUGGAGAAGAAAAAAAAAAAAGAGGAAAGACGACAGGAUUAAUUGUAGACGAGGGUGCUGUGCUUGUAGAUACCACAUCAGUAGCUGUCACUUCAGAAGAGGUUAUAUCGGAAGAAUUGCACACAAAUGACGAUUUGGAUGACGAUGAUGAUGAAGAGGAUUCUGAAAACAGAUACGCUGUUGGGAUACGCAAUUUUGCGAGAUAUAAAUUUCACCAAAAGUGUAAUGAAUUAAUGAAUGUGUUUAUUUCAUAUUAUAUAAAUAAAAUAUCACAUAGGACAAAAUUAUUCACUGAAUGUGAAAAAUGGACGCAAGAGAAAAAAACACAGUUUGUGAGCAACAAUUUUAUAUACUGUUUGAAAAAUAUUAAUACCGUUUAUUCCUAUAUGAUAUUUUUUUUUCAUAGCAAAAUGAAUACUGGUGUGUCUAACCAUAUGCAAUUUGAUGCCUUUAAUGAAAUGAAGAAUAAAAUAGGGGAAUCAUUGGAGCAAGUGUGCAAGGAAUAUGCAAAGGGGAUGAGGAGAAGACCCUCAAGCAUGGUGCCUGAUCAGGUUAAAGUACAAAGUGAGGGAAUAGGUGGUAAAACAGAGAAAAGUGAUCUUAGUGAUAAAAUUGACAGGGAUGAUAAAAUUGACAGGGAUGAUAAAAUUGACAGGGAUGAUAAAACUGACAGGGAUGAUAAAACUGACAGGGGUGAUAAAAUUGACAGGGAUGAUAAAACUGACAGGGGUGAUAAAACUGACAGGGGUGAUAAAACAGAUGGGGGUGAAAAAAACAAUGGCACGCAGUGCCGAUACGUUGAGAAAAGGGAGCUGAAAGUUCAGAAUUAUGAAAAAAACCUAGAAAUGUACAUGUACAAAUUGUACAUGUGCAAAAUGAAAAACUACAAAAAGAAUUUGCAUUUAGAAAGCAGAAAAAUAGUUCUUGUCAUAAUAAAAAUAUUGUUUAAGAAUUAUACGGAAUAUGUUCGAAAUUUACAUUUUAAUGAACAUGGUUUUGAAAAAUUAAGAGUAGAUUUUUUUUUCUUCUUUCAUUGCUUAAAGGUUUUUGUUCCUCUGGAUGAUGAAAAUGUUUUGUUUGUAAUUUUAAAUGAAGUGUUAAUAAAUGCAAAGGAUCGCACGAAUUACGUUGUUCACUCAACUGCAGGAUCGAAGAAUACUUUGUAUCAGACCUACUUGCUGAACGAAAUAGAUUGUGAUGUCAGAGCGAAUAAGGAUUUUAUAAUGAACAAUUUGAAUGGGAGCUAG